UUCAGAUAAUAAACCAACUUUAGCCUCAUUGCAGUGGUAAAAGUUUAUCAAUGUGUCCAGCCUGCUUUAGCCUCAGUCAUGCUUACGUAAGAGUGGAGUAUUUCCCCACAGCAGCCCCUGCCGUCGCCUCCAUUCACUCUCCACGUCUGCCUGGGAAAGGCGGUCAUUUCAACGUCUGUCAGCUGAACUGCGAUUGAACAAAAUGGCAUCUAAGUGCUCAGGAUGUGGACCAGGAUACAAAAGCCCUCUGGAUGCCAUGAAGGGGCCUCGAGAGGAGAUCGUUUACCUGCCCUGUAUUUACCGGAACACUGGAGUCAGAAAGCCUGACUAUCUUGCAACAGUUGAUGUCGAUCCCAAAUCUCCCACUUACUGCACGGUGAUUCACAGGUUGCCCAUGCCCAACAUGAAUGAUGAGCUGCACCACUCUGGCUGGAACGCCUGCAGCAGCUGUUAUGACGAUGCCUCCAAAAAGCGCAAUCGGCUCAUUUUACCUUCUCUCAUCUCCUCCCGCAUCUACGUUAUUGACGUGGAUACGAACCCCCGAGCUCCACGACUUCACAAGACAGUUGAACCUGUGGAGAUGUAUUGGAAGUGUGGAUUGGCCAAUCCUCACACGUCCCAUUGCCUUGGCAGUGGGCAAGUUAUGAUUAGCACCCUUGGUGACCCCUCAGGAAAUGGCAAAGGUGGAUUCGUGUUGUUGGAUGGUGAGACCUUUGAAGUGACUUGUAACUGGGAGUUACCUGGUGAAGCAGCUCCUUUUGGCUAUGACUUCUGGUACCAGCCACGCCACAACGUCAUGAUAAGCACAGAGUGGGGAGCACCCAAAAUGCUUGCAAAUGGAUUUAAUCCUGCCGAUUUCAAAGCUGGUCACUAUGGCCAGUGCAUCCAUGUGUGGGACUGGACCACUCACAAGCACGUGCAGACUCUGGAUCUGGGGGAAGAGGGUGCCAUCCCUCUAGAGAUCCGCUUCCUGCACGACCCUGCUGCAUCUGAGGGCUAUGUGGGCUGUGCACUGCAGGGCACUGUGUUCCGCUUCUAUAAGACUCCGAAAGGUGACUGGGCUGCAGAGAGAGUCAUCAAGAUCCCCAGUAAAAAAGUAGAGGGUUGGAUUCUACCUGAAAUGCCAAGUCUUAUUACUGACAUUAUAAUCUCAUUGGACGAUCGCUUCCUGUACUUCAGCAACUGGUUGCACGGUGACAUUCGGCAGUAUGAUAUCACUGACAGGAGGAAUCCACGUAUGGUGGGCCAGGUCUUUCUUGGAGGCAGCAUUCAAAAUGAUGGCCCUGUCAAAGUACUGGAGGACAAGGAACUGGACAGCCAGCCAUCUCCAAGGAUAGUGAAGGGCAAACGUAUACCAGGGAGUCCACAGAUGCUGCAGCUGAGCUUGGAUGGGAAAAGACUCUAUGUAACCACUUCUUUGUACAGUGCAUGGGACAAGCAGUUCUAUCCUGAGCUCAUCAAACAAGGCUCAGUCAUGAUGCAGAUUGAUGUGGACACAGUGAAGGGUGGCUUGAAACUCAAUGAGGAUUUCUUGGUGGAUUUCGGAAAGGAGCCUGAUGGUCCUGCACUUGCUCAUGAGAUCCGAUACCCUGGGGGCGACUGCACCUCUGACAUUUGGCUGUGAAACAGCAGCUCACUCUUUUAUUAUUCAGGAAAUCCACAUGAAAUAUUAUUCCUAGUUACGCUUCUCCCUUAUUUCACAUAUGCUGUAUGUCUAAAAGUCAAAGUGCAAACACCUGCUCAUCCAACAUUUCUUUUGAAAUCAAGGGAGUUUGCUGCCAUGGUGACCUUAGACUCCUGUGCAGCUGCUCCGGAGCAUCUUAUUCUAUUGACUGUGCUUUUAUAUUGAUAUUAUCUAAGCUUUGUGUGUGCAGUUGGACACCUGUAUCAGCAAUUUAAAGUAGCUAAAUUCAGUAAUUAUAGCAGAGUGUCCUGGACACUUUUGGACACACUGUGUAUUAUCUACUUAACUCAAACAUGCUUUUGUCUUGCUUCAGAUGUCUUUACUAAUAUCAACAUAUGAUUGCUGUAAUUCAUUAAUACACCAUUCUGUAGUUAUCUGACACAAAUGGUAGACAUAAUAUUUUUAUAUGGUUAUGUGAAUGGGAGAAUGAAGUGUAUACAAAGUAAUUACUUUUUUCAAAUAAAAAAAACAAAAAUCUUA